AUGAACAAACUAUCAUUUGUAGAAAACCGAUUUGAAGGUGUUUUGCCCAGUUCUAUAAGCAACUUGUCAACACAACUCACAGAAUUAUAUUUGGAUGGCAAUAAAAUAUCUGGAACUAUUCCUGUAGCAAUGCAGAAUCUCAUCAACUUAAUUGGCUUGGGUAUGGAGUAUAAUCUUCUCACAGGUACGAUACCUACUUCUUUUGGGAAGUUUCAGAAGAUGCAAAAACUGAGUUUACAGGGAAACAAAUUGUCAGGGAAAAUCCCAAGUUCUAUUGGCAACCUCACUCAAUUGGCUGAAUUGUUUUUGUCUCAAAACAAUUUAGAAGGAAGCAUUCCACCAAGUACUGACAGCUUGAAGAAUAUUAAUUCACUAGAUGUCUCUAAAAACAAUUUGUCUGGUGAAAUUCCUACAACAAUUGGAAAUUGCUUGAACUUAGUGUACCUAGGCUUGCAAGGGAAUUCCUUUAAUGGGACCAUACCUUCAUCAAUGGCUUCCUUGAAAAGCCUUGAACAUUUAGAUGUUUCACAAAACAACUUAUCAGGAUUAAUUCCAAAAGGUCUAGAGAAACUUUCAUUUUUAAAAUAUUUGAACAUUUCGUUCAACAAUAUUGAGGGUGAGUUUCAUCCUUUCUUGUUCUUUAUUGGAGGAAAAAAAUCAAAAAAGAAACCAUCUUCUAUAGUCUCAAAUAUUGAUCUCCUUCCAACAAUUUCAUACAAAAUGCUCCAUCAAGCGACUAAUGGAUUUUCUCUCGACAAUUUGAUUGGAUCUGGCAGUUUUGGAUCAGUAUAUAAAGGAGUUCUUGAUCAAGAGGAAAGAUUAGUUGCUAUAAAAGUUCUUAACCUUCAAAACAAAGAUGCUUCGAAGAGUUUUAUGUCAGAAUGCAAAGUAUUAAGAAAUGUUCGGCAUCGAAAUCUUAUAAAGAUCUUAACAUGUUGCUCUAGUAUAAAUUAUAAUGGUGAUGAUUUCAAAGCUCUAGUUUUUGAAUUCAUGGCAAAUGGGAGCUUGGAAAUGUGGCUGCAUCCGAUGACAGAUAGCGACAAUCAAUCAAAAAAUUUGAGCAUUCUUCAAAGACUAAUUAUUGCAAUUGAUGUGGCUUUUGCUUUAAACUAUCUUCACAAUCAUUGUGAGCAAAAAAUCAUUCAUUGUGAUUUAAAGCCAAGCAAUAUUCUUCUUGAUAGUGAUAUGAUUGCUCAUGUAAGUGAUUUUGGCUUAUCAAGGCUCCUCACAACUUCGAAUGAUUCUUCCCAAAAGUAUACUAGCACAAUUGGAUUAAAGGGAUCUAUUGGUUAUGCUGUUCCAGAGUAUGGCAUGGGCGGUGAAGGGAUGCUCAUUCAAGUUGUCGACCCAGUGCUUUUGCCAAGAGAAGUUGAAGGAAUGGGAGUAGCAACUGCAGCAAUGAUGGCAACAAAAGAAGAUGACAAUGACAAUGAAAUUGAAGUAGAAGAAGCUAAUAAUACUGAGGACUUUAGGCAUAUUGAUGUGGAUAUGCAAAAAUGCUUACUCUCAGUCCUUAAUAUUGGAAUCUUAUGUUCAUUGGAAUCUCCAAAAGAGAGAAUCAAUAUGGAGGAAGUCAUUAAGGAACUACAAAUGAUAAAAAGUACUUUGUUGGUUCGGGGAUUCGCAAAGGUAGACCAAGUAGAGCUCAAGUAA